AUGGCCAGCGAGGGGGAGCCCGGCCGCCGCUGCUGCUGCACGCAGGAUCCGCCGGAUGUCCCCAAGGCCCCCGAGCCCCGGGGUGACAGCGACGGCCCCCGCCGGGGCUCCCUCUGCGACCGGCACUGCGCCGCCAUCAACAACGUGCAGGGUGACCUGGGCGACCUGGGCUGCCACCCGCACCGUCCCCGCGUCCCCCCAGCCAUGUCCUCCCCGUCCUGCUGCCAGCAGCACUCGGAGGAGGUCUGCGAGAGCUGCGUGGUGAAAACCACCCUGACGGCCGAAAACGCCGUGGAGGCCAACAAGCUCUCCAACAACUACAAGUUUGGCUUCAAGAAAUGGAAGAGCCACGUGACGGCGCGGCCCUGGGAGGACCGGUCAGAGAUCGUCAAGGAGCUCUACUCUGAUCUCAACGUCAUCCGGGGCUCCGGAGGGUCCACGGUGACGUGCGGGAACGUCCUCUACCUGCUGCUCUUUGGCUGGUGGCUCUCGCUCCUCUACGUCCUUGCGGCUGCCAUGAUGUUCAUCACCGUUGUGGGGGCUCCUUAUGGGCGGCUCUGCUGGGACCUGGCCGGGUAUUUCCUCUGGCCCUUUGGCAAAGUGAUCCAGAAAGUGGAGGUCCCCAAAUCCCGCCAGGUGCUGGGUGCGUGCGAGGCUGGCGCGGGGGAGAGCUCAGCCCUGCUCGGUGGCCCUGUGCCGCGCCGCUGGCGCCCAUGGUGCUGGGCGGACGUUGGAUACUGGGGGCAAACCCUAAAGGUGGCCACCCAUUCACAGCAGCGUGCUGGCGCUGUGACGUGGCUGUGCCUGGGCUACCCGGUGCUGGUGCUGGCCCACGGGCUGGUGUGCGUCACCGCGUGGCUCCUCGUCAUCCUCAUCCCCGUGGCCAAGCUGAGCGCCCGCACCGCUGCCCGCGUCCUGCUGCUGCCCCCGGAGCGGGUCCUCGUCCGGCGCCUGAGGAUGACGGAGGUGCCGCUGGAGGGGGAGGUGAUCCUGUGCUGCUACCGCGCCGUCAACCCCUACUACUACAAAUACACUGUGGACGGCAUCAACGUCUUCGCCGUCAACCUGCUGCCGCUGGUGCUGGUGACGCUGGUGCUGGGCUACGUGGACAGCCACAACCGCCUGACCAGCUCCCCCGUCAAGUUCACCUUGGCUCUGCUCUCCAUCAUGCCUCUCUCCUACUACAUCGGGAUGGCCAUUGCCAGCAUCUCGGCGCAGAGCAACUUUGCGGUGGGAGCGGUGGUGAACGCCACGUUCGGCUCCAUCACGGAGCUCACCUUCUACAUCACGGCCCUCAUCAAGGGCUCGCGUGAGGGCAACCGCUGCUACGCUGAGAUCGUCAAGUCGGCGUUGACGGGGACGCUGGUGGGCUGUGUCCUUUUUGUCCCGGGGCUGUGCAUGGUCAUUGGGGGCAUCCGGCACCAGGAGCAACGGUUCAACAGCCGCUCGGCGGGCGUCAGCUCAGCCCUGCUCUUCCUCUCCGUGGGAGGCGUCUUUGCCCCGACACCCCUGGUGUACACAGUGUCCCUCCUGCUCCCUGCCGCCUACCUCAUCGGCCUCUUCUUCACCCUGAAAACUCACUCGCACAUCUACGACAUCCACAUCAGCGACUGUCACAUGCCUGGCCACCACCACAGUGCUGUGGUCCACUGGUCUCGCUGGCGGGCCCUAGUCAUCCUCCUGCUCUCCACCCUCUGCAUGUCAGCCUGUGCUGACCUGGCCACGGAGCACAUCAGCCCCAUCCUCACCAAUUCCACCAUCUCGCAGUACUUCAUCGGUGUCACUGUGCUGGCGAUGGUGCCUGAGCUGCCGGAGAUCGUCAAUGGCAUCCAGUUUGCCCUGCAGAACAACCUGAGCUUGAGCAUCGAGAUUGGGAACUGCAUCGCCGUCCAGGUCUGCAUGCUCCAGAUCCCCAUCCUGGUGCUCUUCACCAUCUUCUACCCGACCAACUUCACGCUUGUCUUCAGCGACCUCCACGUCUACGCCAGCAUGUUCAGCGUGGUGCUCAUGAACUACAUCUUCAUGGAUGGCAAAUGUGACUACUUCCAAGGCACGGUGCUGGUGAUGGUUUACUUCAUCCUCCUGGCUGUGUAUUUCUUCGCCCCAUCGCCCAGUGGUUGCUGA